CCUUCAUCACAUUCAGUUGCAGCAGUGCGGCGGCUUCGCAACACCACUUGAACGCGGUGAGGAUGUCGUUCCAGGAAGCCUUCUUCCAGGCGCCGCCCGUCACCAGAACCAUCACAGCCGCAGCCGUCCUCAUCAGCGUGCCCGGACAUCUCGGCCUGUAUAGCCUCUCUUGGGUCGUCUUCCUUCGAGACUAUGUCUUCACCAUCCGCCAACUGCCAGAGCUGUGGCGCGCGAUAACGUGCUUCCUCGUCACUGGCCCUUCGUUGGGGCUGAUCAUGGACCCCUUCUUCUUCUACCAGUACAGCAACAUGCUCGAGACUGGCGCGCCGCGCUUCAGUGCUCCUGGUGCAUACGCCUUCUACCUCAUGUUCGUGGCGCUUGUCAUUCUGCUCACCGGAGGCGUCUACCUUGGCGGGGUUGUACUUCUUCAGGCAUUGAACAUGGCUCUGAUCUACACGUUCGCAUUGGAAGAUCCGAACAGACAAGUUCAAUUCUACAUCGUCAACAUGCCAGCAAAGUAUCUGCCCUAUGCGAUGCUAGCUGUCACAUACCUCAUGGCUGGGCCUUUCCACACCAUGAUCCAGGCGACUGGCAUUCUCGCAGCCCACCUCUACGACUUCCUCGAUCGCAUCUGGCCAGAGUAUGGGGCUGGAGGGAAAUACACAAACACACCUCUCUUCAUUCAGAAGCUGUUUGCAGGCACUGGCCAGCCACAAACGAAUCGUGCAUACGGGACCGCGUUCGCAGGCAGACCAGCCAAUCAACCAGCGGCUGCAAGAGGACAGGGCAACGGACCACUCCCAAGCUCAUGGGCUACUGGCUCAGCUUGGAGCGGCUCCGGGAGACGUCUCGGCGGCGAUUGAGCUUCUUGCAGUGCUUGCGACUAAUGAUUGAUAUGUAGCAAUACGAAAAUGACAACGACUCAACACAGUCCACAGGUACAACAUUUUGCUUCUUCGUACCCGCCAUAUGGCAGGGAAGCAGGAGCCAGGAAUAGCCGCUUUCAAUACACGAUCCUUAGAAGACGGAGGACAUGUUGGCAUCAGGUAAAUGCACCUCGAUAGGCGCGCAUCUCAUCCCACAGGAUGUGUCCUGCACAGCCGAACCGGACCAAUGCAAUGUCGCUUCGAACGUCGCUGCGACUCGUCUGCGUCGUUGCACAGCUAGUGGAAGACCAUAGCCGCUCUUCACGAAUGCAUGCAGGGAAACGCCGUGCGACCUGUCGGGACCUGCGCGAUGAGUGGCGAUCGUGAGCAGCAACCCUCUGCCGCAGUCGUCUGCUGUCGGCUGGUGCUUUAUUUGCUGCAGAAUGUGACAGCCUUAUCAAAAGGCACAUAUGACAAUGGCGACCAGGAUACCCAGCUUCGGGCGCUCGGCACGCUGCAUGUUGUAUUUUCAGCCGCUUGACGACCGCAC